CUCAGUGCUGCGCCAGUUGUCUUCAUAGAAACAUGUGUACCAAAUUCGCUGUAUUACUAUAUUACGUUAUCGUGGGCUUAGUAAGGGCAUAUUCAAGCCCAGCAGCGUCGCCGCCCUCGUCGUGCAAUGUGGUCGCGCAGACGGAGUCAGGCUGGGUGUGUGGCCGUAGUCGCCGGGCGGAAGCAAGCACUUUAUACGCCAGUUUCCGGGGAGUGCCUUAUGCCAAGCAACCAGUCGGAGAACUUCGAUUUAAGGAAUUACAACCAGCAGAGCCAUGGACCGACUACCUAGAUGCCACCGAGGAAGGUCCAGUUUGCUACCAGACAGACGUUCUUUAUGGAAGUCUGAUGAAACCUCACGGCAUGAAUGAGGCAUGCAUCUACGCCAAUAUACAUGUGCCUUUGUACGCCCUGCCGGCAGCUGGUGAGACGCCUACGAAGCCUGGUCUUCCAAUAUUAGUCUUUAUUCACGGAGGUGGCUUCGCGUUUGGAUCUGGUGAUGCUGACCUAUAUGGACCGGAGUAUCUUGUCACAAGAAACGUUGUUGUCAUCACUUUUAACUACAGGUUGAAUUUCUUUGGAUUUUUCUCGUUGGAUACUCCUAAAGUCCCCGGAAACAAUGGUCUUAGGGACAUGGUGACUCUGCUCCGUUGGGUGAAGAGAAACGCCAGGGCCUUUGGAGGUAAUCCUGACAACGUGACCUUAGCGGGCCAGAGCGCUGGGGCCGCUGCUGCUCACCUUCUCACCUUAUCCAAGGCCACUGAAGGCUUAGUUUCAAGGGCUAUAUUGAUGAGCGGCGCUGGAACGUCCACUUUCUUUACAACAUCUCCUAUCUUCUCCCAGUCCAUCAACAAACUCUUGUUUUCCAUCCUUGGCGUCAACUCAACUAAUCCUGAUGAGAUACACGAGAAACUCGUCGCCAUGCCGGUUGAAAAACUGAAUGAAGCCAACAGAAUAUUGAUUGAUCAAAUCGGCCUUACCACUUUUUUCCCAGUGGUGGAAACACCGCAUCCCGGAAUAACCACUAUAUUAGAUGAAGAUCCAAAUAUUCUGGUCCAGCAAGGCCGCGGUAAAGACAUACCCUUGAUUAUAGGUUUCACGAAUUCUGAAUGCCAUAUGUUCCAGCGUAGAUUUGAACAGAUCGAUAUAGUAUCUAAGAUCAAUGAAAAUCCAGCAAUCUUAGUUCCUUCCAAUCUACUGUACUCCUCGACUCCUGAGACGAUUGCUUUGGUCUCGAAUCAAAUCAGCCAAAGAUACUUCAAUGGUAGCGUAGAUCUGGAGGGCUUUAUCAAUAUGUGUACCGAUAGUUACUACAAGUACCCAGCCUUGAAUUUGGCCGAGAAGAGAUCUACGGCAGGUGAUGCUCCGGUAUUUCUGUACCAGUUCUCUUACGACGGUUACAGCGUGUUCAAGCAAGCCUUUCAUUUGCAUUUCAACGGUGCCGGACACGCGGACGACUUGACAUACGUGCUGAAAGUGAAUUCUGCGUCAGGGACUAGUUCAUCACAAAAAGCAGACGAUGAAAUGAAAUAUUGGAUGACGACGUUCGUCACAAACUUUAUGCGAUGCAGUGCUCCUAUGUGCGAUGAAACCACAGCGUGGCCACCAGUUACACCGCGGGAACUACAAUACCAAGACAUUAUUACACCCAACUUAUGCCACCAAACUAGUCUUACCAAAGAACAACUCGAAAUGAAGAAUUUCUUCGAUAAGAUCCAUAACGGAGGUGAAAGCAGACUUAAGUAAACUCAAAUUUUUAGGGUAGUAUGGUGAUAGAUAGGUAGGUAGAAUACUCAAUGGUGGGCAGCGGUUUGGCUGUGACUCUGGCAUUACUGACGUCCAUGAGCAACAGUAACUACUCACCAUCAGGUGGGCCGUAUGCUCGUCUGCCUACAAGGGUAAUAAAAUAAAUAACGAUACGACUUUUCGUUGUUCGCGGGGUAGAAUGUAACCAACUCAUCUAUCAUUUGACUGCCGACAAAUAUAUUCUAUGUCCGUAGUAUGCAAGCAUCAAUGCAAGCGAUUGUGGCUUCAACUGUUUCGUUUCGAAUCCAGUCAGGUUUUCAACCUUCAUAAUUAAUGGAUUUAUUUUAUCUGACAAUUGGAAAAUCAGCUGUGACCCUUUUAAACUUGAUUACUUACAUACUGAUGGAUACAUGUCGACUUUUAAUUUACUUUGGAUCAUUAAAUCUCGGGUUAUAUGUAUCCUGGCGAUGUAGAGUAGGAAGAGAUGACGGGAGAUCGUGUGACGCGUCAGUCUGCCCAACAGCACAUGACGAUCACGACCACUCUGCCGAGAGUGAAACGAUUGAGAAGGAAAAAGAGAGUAGACAACAUCACGGGCUGUCCGAUGUCAGGAUCCACCAUACAGAACUCAAAGACGGCACAAUGUAAAUUUUCAAAAUUGAACUUGUGAAAAGACAUUUGUAUUCAAAGAUAUGAAUCGUCAGAACGAAUCCCACGUUAGUAACAGCCUAUGAAGAUCUAUGAAGUAACUCCUCAUUUGAUGUUGAUUAGUUAAGCUUCGCUAAUCUUCGAAGACGUUUCUAAAGAUCUGGACUACAUUCAACAAUUUGAACUCACGAGAAAAUUCAAAAAGUAAAUAAUUGAGUAAACAUUUUAGGAUUAUUGAAACUUGGUGACUGAUUAGAUGGUUAGUUUUAAUUUUAAAUAAUCACAAAUUGUAUCUUUAAGCCCAUAACGUUCAUGUAGACUUAAAACUUGCCCACAUUAUAAAUAUUUUAUUCAUAUAAACUUCGAUCUCUAUUUACUUACGUAGAAUAAGACACCGGAAUAUAUUUUUAUAAAUAUUGACAUUAUAAAUGCGGAACACAGAUGUCAGUUUUGAGAGAAAUGUUUUGUUAAUAUGUAUUAUAUGUAGAUGAGUCUAUUAUGUUCAUUGUUGGAACAUAAUAUACAUAAUUUUUAAUAUUAUAUCGAAGGACUUAUUUCAUAAUUUCCAUAAUAUUGUGCUCCACGUGUAACUAACUACUGACAAAAGGUAUUAUUUUACCAUCUAGAUUGUUUAUCAUCUUAAUUACACGAGAAGAAACGGAAGGAAUACCUAUGUUAACAUAUGGAAUUAACACAAGUUUUAACAACGUUUAGUUAUAUUUCUUAGCAUCCUUAUGAGCAUGCGUUACAGCGCACCAUAUUCUUAUAUCAAUUUAUAAUAAAUUUUCAAAUUUCUGUCUGAAUUAGUCAACAUACUUUUUUGGAUAAGUCCAGUCUUUCUAGUUAAUUAAUGAGAGUGACAGAAAUUUAAUCAAAAGAAACGUAUACAUCCAAGGAUUGCGUUAAUUCUCAAAAAUAUC